CGUCACUAUGAUAUUCAGACGGGUAUACACCAGUCUUAUUGUUAUCGGGCUUGCAACAGAAGUAUGGUCACACGUUGAAAUAGAAGCUGAAGAUUACUUCUUCCCCCUAGAGCCGGUUAUCAAUUUCUGCAAGAUGGCGGAUCAAUGCCAACACGACUUCGUCCCGAUCUGCGGGCAGGAUUCCCUCGGUAUCACCAGGAUGUUCAACGACGUCUGUGACCUUUAUGAAUACAACUGCGAUGAUAAAAAACAAUACCGACAUGUCAAAAUGGAUGUAUGCAAAUACGAAGUAGCAGCUGCCGAGCGACUGGGUGACGACGGCACUAGAUAG